AUGCAGUCUUUUCUUGAACAACGACGCAUUCGAAAACGGCUUGAGCAACAGAUUGUUGUUAGACGCAAGUCAUGCGACGAUGUUUGGACCCAUGAACGUCGCUAUUGGUAUCCAGAAGGCGGAGGGAUCCAGUCCGAACAGCGAUACACAGAGGAGGAAGCACCGGCAGCUCGACGACGAGAACAUGGCCAGCAAACUAUGGCCAGCGGCCCAUCAAUGGAGCCUCGUCAUUCCGUACGUUCACAUCUGGGCCAAGAAGAAGAUAUUGAGGCACAGGAUCGUCACCCGGCGCUCAACAUUGAUCCCUUCACUAUAAACACAAGGGAUACACUGGGGACUGAUGUUGACAUGAUGGUUACUGGCGUGGAAAGUCAACGAGUAAUAAGAGACGUGACAGGGAGCAUCGAUGGCUCAACCAUAGGAAGCGAUGUUAAUGCCGAUGAAAAGGAGAAGAUCGUGAUUGUUACUUACGAGGGAGACUAUGACCCGGCAGAUCCACAUAACUGGUCUUUCAUAGGCCGUUGUGCAUGCACGAUUCUCGUUUCCUUACUUGGGGCUAUCGUUCUAUGGUCAUCUACGAUUGAUACCACUGCUUUGGUCUCGACACGGAAGCUUUUCCAUACAAGUUUUGAGCUUGAGACUGUCCCAAUUGCUUUGUUCCUCAUCUGCCUUGGAUUUGGUGCACUAGUAGCAGCACCCAUUUCCGAAAUCGUCGGGCGGAAUCCAAUUUACAUUUCUUGCCUUCCAUUGUUUAUGCUUUUCAACAUGGGAGCAGGGCUUGCACAAAAUGUAGGCCAGCGAUCUGUGUGCCGUGCGCUUGCUGGACUCUUUGGCUCAGCGCCGUUGGUCUGCUCUGCAGCUGCUAUCGUCGACCUUUGGUCCGUGGUUGAGCGAAACUAUGCCUUUCCAUUCUUCUCAAUCAUGGCCUUUUUAGGUGCCGUCGUUGGCCCGUUACCAGGCUCAGUCAUAGUAUGGGCGCAAUCUACCUCCUGGCGCUAUGUAGACUGGGUUACAAUCAUGUUUUGCGGUUUUCUACUAGCACUCACCGUCCUCUUUCUCCCAGAAACCUACAGCCCGGUCAUUCUUCAUUGGAAAGCCAAGCAACUCCGUCGCUUAACAAACGAUGACCGAUACCACUCUCCGCUAGAAUUCAAAGCCACGACUUUCGGCAAACGACUCCGCCGAGCGCUUUCCCGUCCUAUAGUUCUCCUCUGCACUGAACCUAUCAUUAUCAUUCUCAGCGCUUAUCUCGGUAUCAUCUUCAUUAUCCUAUAUACCUUCUCCGCAGGCUUCGAAUCCGUUUUUCAAAAAAUUUACAAACUAAACCCGGGCCAAGGUGGCGCUACAUUUCUCAGUCUUGCUACCGGUAUCAUUUGUUGCGGCCCUCUAGUACUCGUCUCCCAGCGCCUAGUCCGUCGUGAUAUCCUCCGCGCUCGCGAACGUGGCCAAUGCCGCCCAGGACCAGAAUUCAACCUUUACAUGUCCAUAUUCGGUGCCCCAUUUAUCCCAAUUGCCCUCUUCUGGAUGGGAUGGACAGCUCGCCCCUCCAUCUCAAUGUGGUGCCCAAUUGUCGCAGCUGGUGUCUUUGGUUUUGGCGUGACUUGUGUCUUCAUAUCAUCUUAUCAGUAUGUUGCUGCAGCGUUUGAGGAACAUCCUGCCUCGGCAUUGGCCUCGUUGCAAAUGUUCAGGCUUGUUACUGCGGGCGUUAUGGCGGUUCUCGCGCAGAUUAUGUAUGAUAAGCUUAAGGUUGACUGGACUAUGACACUGUUAGGUGGUAUUGCGACUGUUUUCAUGCCUGUGCCAUAUGUGCUCUAUUUUUAUGGGUGUCAUAUUCGAAAGUGGAGCUUGCGUGCAUCGGCCUGGGGGUAG